AUGUCAGUGGGUCAACGCACAGUGCGUGCGGGGCGAGGGGCGCGGGGCGCGGGCCAGCCGGGCCGUGGGGAGGGGGCGGGGCGAGGGCGUUGCACCGCUGCAGCCAGUGCAGGAGCUACGGACGCGCGCUACGCACUACGAAAGCGUAGCUGCUACGCCGUAGCCCCUGGGCGCAGAGCAGCACUUUUUAACCCAAAAUUUCCAAUCGUGAAUUGUGUAUGGUCGCUAAAUUUGUCAUGUAUCAGUAAAGAGAAGUUAUCUGUAGCGGCGAGCGAACCGGUGCGAUUGGUGCUCGAAAGUGACGGCACUCAAGUAGAGGACGGCGAGUACUGGCGUACACUCCCGCCUAACACCGUGCUCCUGCUGCUGCGCCAGGGCGAACGAUGGUACCCCACAGGCGUCGACGUCAUCAAGGCUGCGAUAUCGGCGAUCCCAAAAAUAGUAUGCGAGACGAUCCACGCUCUCGAGCUGCACGAUGAAACACCUUCAUGGAAGAUCAUGGACAACAAAGGGCGAGUCACGGUGGUGCUGCACUGGGAUCAGCGGCCACAGGCGUCACCGUCGGCGCGAUCGCCCUCGCGGCAAGCCAAGCCCGACCGGCGACCGUCACUCGUUAUUCAGACGUCUCUCGAUCGGCCGCAACCACCACCGCCCCACAUCACAGUCGUAAACCAUGACGAGCCAGGGCCAGCGCGCGGUCGUCUCUCGCGCGCCUCGGGCUCGCUUGACCACCCACCAGGAGCUGUUCAUGUGCACACGUCUGAAUGUCGCGCCGGUGCCGUAUCCCCAGCACCCGUCCCAGCUCCAUCACGACCGCCACCGGAUGAGUGUGAUUUUCAUUGUUGUGCGUUGCAUGAGGAAGGCCGCCGUAUUGCUGUGCACAAGAGCGUCGCUACUUCACCUAUCCAAGACGCGCAGCCACGUGCUUCACCACAGGGUCGGCCGAAGGGACACGUUCGAUUCCUCGAUGCCGAAUCGGCACGAAGAGGCGAACGCGAUUCUUCAGAAAGUGAGACAGAAAAUACGCUCGUCGAGGACGAAGCGGUCACUUCCGAAAAAUUUUUACUACUGAUCGAUCAGCUGAGCGUAGACCAAAAAAGACAUCUCACCAUCAAAGACAUAGGAAUUAUCCUCGAGCGACUCAGCUCGAAGAUCCUCGACGUCGAGAGGCUUGAUCGUGAGUCUGAGUCGGACGACUGCUACAACUGGACGAUCAAGGCGACGAUACGAGGUGACGCACUUCGGGAGCUCGGGGUCAUUUACAAUGGGAACUAUUAUGCGAUCAGUGAGCAUCCAGGGUACCGGGAGGAGAACGAAGAGGCCGGUGACGAGGGCGAGGAGGAAGAAGAGGAAGAUCGGCUCUGA